AUGAAAACAGAACAUCGAAUCUAUCAAACUUAUGUUGGCUCAAUAACACUUGCGCACUGUCAUUAUAUGUAUCCGAAAAAGUAUGAGGAAUUAUGUGAUAGGCAGUGUGGAAGUUCAGCUUAUAUAGCGUUGAGAUAUGAAAACUCCCUUAGAAGCAAAAUGGAAUCAACUUGUCCUCCUCUGAUUCAGACAAUUCCAUGUCAUGAAAAACCAGCUCAUUGUAAUCAUAAACUCCAACUGCGUCAAUGUCCGGGGCUGAAUGGGAUACAUUUGCUCAGAAAUCUUUCAAUAACACCACUAACUAUUGUUAAAGUUCCAGUGCUCAAUAUCUCUACGGUGAAGGGUAAAAUUGUGUCUGCUCUGGAAAUAUUUGUGGAGAUCGGACAAGAAAUGUUACAGACAACUGGAAACAGUAAGAGAAGGUUGGCCGGAACCAUACCGCAUUUGCGAUGGUAUAACCCACAUCUCGACCAAAAGUUUCACAAUGACCAAACCACGGUCACAUGGUUCCGGCGUCGUCGCCCAACAAAGUGUGAAAAUCAUCACAUCGACAUUCCAUUCUCAUUGGGCGACGACGAAAAAUCUGAGCUGCCCAGUCCACGCAAAAGUGAAAGUCCGCCGCUACACUCUACGGCACUGUAUAGGAAAGGCGCGGAAGUGUUCGAUUCACAAUGA